UGAUUAAGCAAUUAUCCGUCCGACGAAGCAAUCAUACGCGUCUCUUGGGUUUCAUGAAGAAAAGUUACUCAGUUAAGAAGACAUGAUGCGAGAGACAGAGCACAUUGGCUCUGUUUGCGCUUGUUAAUCAGUUCAAUUGAAUAACGUAUUAAUACAUCGGGGUAAAGGGUUAACCGCAAUGUCCACGCCGGACACGAUGGAUACUAUCGAUGAAGCGGAGCAGGCGUGGCACGAGAUGCUGGAGUGUGAGACUGGGUCUCUGUUGGUCCGAGUCGCGGACCUCGAGAGACAAUCCUUGGCACAGAGAGACGAGAUAGUUUGCCUUCGCGCUACUCUAGCGGAUGCGUUAAGGCGAAUUGCCCAGCUAGAAGGACGCGAGAAAAGAGAGGAUGAAAGAAACGAAAGGAGGAAUGAACGAUUAGUAUCCUCGCCCUUAAGAAAUGGACAUGUAUCGCUUAGAAGUAAUCAGAAUUCGACACCUGCGAAAGAUAUACGUUUGCGACAAACUGGCAGCUCUUGUCUAAGAAAUUCGUCUUCGUCAGGAUCUUCUCAGGAUGUCCGAGAUUCGAUUUCAAGUCCACGGAGACCAGUCAGUUACACACAUUCCUCACAACUUCCUCAAAGAAGGUCAGUUCAUUAUCAAUCAACGGGUUCGUUACACUCGGACAGUCCCAGUAGUAGUAGUGUUUCCCCGGUGCCAUCGCCAAGUCCUAGAGCCACGCCACUGCCAGUAGCCAGAUCACCGACAGCAAGAUCAAACGGACCACCACAAAGCAGCUUAAGAAGGGCAAAACGAUGGUCAUCAACAGGAGACUUUACACAUUCCCCGCAAAAUCAGGGAAACAAUUCGCAACUUGUCAGUAACAGAUUCUCAGCCUCCACCAAGUCUCUGUUCAACCUCUUCAAGCCACCAGCGUUGAACAACGUAAAACACGGUACCAGAGACAUGCAGUAUAACGAGGAGGAAAACACCGUCCGCAUGUACCUGAGGGGCCGACUUGUCGUUCUUUACGUUCCAACACCUUUGAUGGAGUCGUACGACCUUCACAAAGUCAACACACCGCCCCAGAACAAACUGAAACUCGACUGGGUGUACGGUUACCGAGGUAGAGAUUGUCGAAGUAAUCUACAUUUGCUGCCAACCGGGGAAAUCGUUUAUUUCGUUGCGGCCGUAGUCGUCUUGUACAACAUGGAGGAGCAUAACCAAAGGCAUUAUUUGGGUCAUACGGACGAUAUCAAAUGCAUAGCCAUUCACCCAAACAAACUGAUAGUCGCCACUGGUCAAGUGUGUGGAACUGACAGACGAGAUGCCAUGCCUCAUAUAAGGAUAUGGAAUUCAGUGAGUUUGACGACUCUUUGCGUAAUUGGUAACGGUGAGUUUGAUGGCUCGAUUUGUUGUCUCUCGUUCUCGAAAGCUGACGGGGGAAAUUACUUAUGUGCUAUUGACGAGACUUCUGAUCACAACAUUUCGAUCUGGGAUUGGCAGAAAGGGGAACGGGGCACGAAGGUUACAGAAACAAAGUGCUCAGUGGACACGGUGGUAUGCGUCGAGUGGCAUCCGCUGGAACGGAACCAAAUUGUCUCCUGCGGAAAGGGACAUGUGUCUUUUUGGUUUCUUGAUAACGGUGGUAUGCUGUACAAACGGAUGGGCAUUUUCGAGAGCAGGGAAAAACCAAGAUACGUUACCUGUGUGGCAUUUAAUCAAAGCGGUGAUGUUCUUACUGGUGAUAGCAACGGUAAUAUCAUCGUUUGGGGCAGAGGAACAAACACAAUUUCUAAAAUAGUAAGGAAUAUUCACGAAGGAUCUAUAUUCUCGAUUUGCGUUUUGAAAGAUGGUUUUAUCGUUACCGGUGGUGGGAAAGAUGGUAAAAUACUAUAUUUUGAUGAAUCAUUAAACCUAACAGGAGAAGAAGCACAAAUUGAGGAUCAUUUUGGUGGUAUCCGAACGGUAGCUGAAGGAAGAGGUUCACAAUUAUUAAUCGGAACAACACGGAAUUGCAUUUUAGUCGGUGAUGUGGGAAUGGGAUUUAACCCAGCGAUGUUGGGACACGCUGAAGAAGUUUGGGGACUUGCUGCUCAUCCGAUAUUACCGCAAUUUGCAACGGCAGGCCACGACAGGUUGUUGCAAAUGUGGGAUAGUCUCAGUCACACUGUGGUUUGGAGUAAAGACAUUGGGGAACAAGCGCAGAGUAUUGGUUUCUCACCAGAUGGUAAUGUUAUGGUAGUUGGAUGCACUUCCGGAAAAUGGUUAGCAAUCGACAGUGAGACCCGAGAAUUAUAUACUCAUCAUACCGAUGGAUCAGAACCUAUACAGGUUGUUAGAUUUUCACCAGAUGGAACGCUAUUAGCAUUGGGUUCUAGAGAUAACUAUAUUUAUAUUUAUCAAGUAAACGAAGAUGCAGUCAAAUAUAGUCGUGUUGGACGAUGUAUGCCAAAGCGGAUACGCAGACGUGGUGGACAUUCCAGUUUUAUAACUCAUUUGGAUUGGUCAAUGGACGGACAAUAUUUACGUAGCAAUAGCGGAGAUUAUGAGUUACUAUAUUGGAAUCCCGGAAUUUGCCGUCAAAUCCCACAACCAUCAAUGAUGAAGGACAUGGAGUGGGCAAGUCAUAGCUGUAUAAUAUCCUUCGAAACAAUUGGAAUAUGGCCGGAAGGUGCCGAAGGUACAGACGUAAAUAAUUGUACUCGUAGCAGUGAUUCGAAAUUGCUCGCAACUGGAGAUGAUUUCGGAAAAGUCAAAUUGUUUUCUUAUCCUGCUUGUCAACCAAAGUCGUUAUGUCACACGUACGGUGGCCAUUCAAGUCAUGUUACGAACGUAUCGUUUCUUCAAGACGAUACGCGAUUAAUUUCUACUGGUGGAAGUGACACGAGUGUUCUUCAAUGGAUUGUAAAUUACUAACUCUACUUACUAUUAAUUGGGAUGGACAAGGAACAGAGAGUAAAAAUAAAGGAAACGUUAAUUGUCCGAGGAAAUGAUAGGAAGUGCGCAACAACUAUUGUAGUUACAAGAUGAAGAAAAGAAAGAAACGAACAACACUGUGAUUCAGUGUAGAAACGAGAAGUUUUAAUUCUAAAUGAUAGAGAGACGAGCAAGAAAAUAUUGAAUUCAAUUAAGGGGAUAUUAGUCAAUUUUAUUGUACUAUUUAAGUGUCCUUUACAAAUUAAUGACUGAGAGCCAUAACGCUAAUUUCUAUGGAUGAUUUUGAUUCAUAAUUGUGCGCUAUGAAAACAAAACAACAUGAAAACUUUAGUGAGAGCUUAUCAGUUAAUGUGGCGAACAAUAUUGACUGUAUUUCACCAAUUAGUAAUAAUGUAACAAAGUGUCUUUUUCACCUAUAACUAUUUUUUGAAUGUCGGAAUUCUGACUUUAUAAAUCUACAAAUUGUAUGUGAGUGUUCUUCGUCUAGUAAUCACUGACGAAACGCACCGUGCUCUUUUCCAUGUAAACCAGUUUAGUAAAUUGCACAGUUCGUUGAUAAAUAUAUGUACUUUCGUAUAGUUAGCACCGAUAAAAUUAAAUUGAAUGAUUUUCAACUGAUCGAAAACAUAAUUAUUCCAAUUGCUAGUGUCUAUAAAAAGUUAGGAUUAUCAUUAUUUUCUAGCCUGUGCAACUAUAUAAGUUUUGUUUUUUAAUUAUUACUUUUUACGAUACCAGUUACUCAAAAAUAUAUUUCCUUUCACGAAUAGAUUGUAAUCAAUUUUAAUUACAAACUUAUUUUGUACUGAUAGAAACUCUCGAAGUAAUUUCAAGGUAUAAAAGC